AUGGCAGAAACCCAUCCGACAUGUUUAACCUCUAUUAUAUAUUUACUGCGGGAACAAUUCUAUAGGCAAGCCAUAAAUACUGCCCUAAGGUUUCUGAAAACGUACAUCAAUGACCCCGUACUCUUGUUUUUCAAAGCAUUUGGAACUCUGAAUGAAGGACGUAUCCAAGAGGCCAUAAGGGAGCUUCAUCAACUGAGAUACAAGCCUCAGAUCUGCCUUUGCUCAGUCAUGGCGCUACUCUGCGCUUACAGGCAAAAUAAGAUCACUGAUCGAGAGGCUAUAUCUGAGCUAGACUCCUGUUUAAAGAUGACCAGGAGGACAGCUGAAGACAAAGCUCUGUACUAUGGAGCCCUGCUUUAUUGGAUUCUGGGUCAAAAUGAGAAGGCUAGAGAAUACAUAGAAAAGAUGCUCAAGCUGUCUAAUACCUCUUCACAGGGGCUGAUUCUUAAGGGGUGGAUUGCUCUGACCUCAAAAAAUGAUGUUGAACGGUCUCAUGCUGUCCGAUACUUUGACGAUGGUUUACGUGACUCUAAAGAUGUGUUUGGAUUGAUGGGAAAGAUUGAGUACUUCAAGUUGAGACAAAAUGAGUACCGUGCUUUGGACAUGGUCAAUCAGAUCAUCGCUUCCUAUCCUGACUUCAUUCCAGCUCUUCAUCUCAAGAUGAACAUAUUCAUGUCUCUCUAUAACUGGGAGCAGACAGCUGAGGUGGCUAAGAGAAUCCUAGAGGUUGAUGCACAUAGCUUGAAAGCUCUUCAGAUGAUGACUAUAAUCUCUGCAGCAAAGGACGGUGACAUGAGGAAGGUGAUGGAGUAUCUUCAUCAUCUUCUGAGUGCAGUUGAAGUCACAGAGCCCAGCACUCCCAGUCUUCAUGUGGAGCUCACCAUGCCCAUCAGCAGAGUGUGUGGACACAACAAACACAUUGUCCAGAUGCUGACAUUGUUUGUGCAGCGAGCUGUGUCCAGAGCGCCAGGUGAUGCGGCCUUGGUCUCUGAGCUUGGUUACUUCUUCACUCUCCAGUACAGAUACAAAGAGGCUCUCAGAUGGUACACAAAGGCUCUAAACAUGGACCCAGGCAGCAGGCCUGCCUUAGUAGGCAUAAUCAGGUGUCAGCUGGUGAAUGGACAGCUGGAGGAGGCAGAGCAACAGCUGGAGUUUUUUCAUGAAGUGAUUGGAUAUUCAGCGCAAAUGACUCUUCUGCAGGCCAUGGUGGCUCAGAAGAAGGGAGUUGACCAUGAUAAGGUGGCAGGCCUGCUUAAGAAGGCAGUGGAUUUCCAUCUACAGACACUCCAGGGGCUGCCCCAUGGUGUGGACUACUUGCAGAGACUCGACAUCAUCUUCCUCCUCCAAGUUGUCAACAUGCACCUUGCCAGUAGUCAGGAAAUGCCAUAUGGUGCUGGUCAGCCCCUUCCUUUUGGGCUAAAACAUUCCAAUAUGAUUCUAAAAGCUGUUAUUAAAGCUGCUCCUGGUCUUUUAGCCAGCUGCUACUACAUGGCACAUGUCAAAUUCCUCACAGGUGAUUGGGCAGCUACUCAACACUUUCUGAACCUCUGUAUGGAAAAGGAACUCACUAUGCCUGAGAUGCACCUCCUGCAGGCCAAACUUUACCUCCAUGCUGGAGAUCACAGCAAAUGUCUCAGUAGCUUAGAGUCUGGAGUCAGCCAUAACUUUGAGUUAAGACAGAUGCCUCAGUAUAACCUGAUCAAGGCCAGAGCUUUAAAGGGGUCCGGGAAGCUGGUGGAAGCCAUUCAAUGCUUGCGCAUGGUAAUGAGCAUGUCAGGAGUUAGGAUGCUCACUGAGGGCCAGGACCCCCCAGUUACUCAAAGUGAGCGUGUUUCUGUGUUCCUGGAGCUAGCAGACACCCUGAGGCUGAAUGGAGAGCAGAGUGAGGCUACUAAAGUAAUGCAGGAUGCGAUUUGGCAGUUCAAGGAAACAUCUGAAGAAAUACGUGUUUUGGUGGCUAAUGUGGAUUUGGCCUUAUCUAAAGAUGAUGUUGACACAGCUUUUAACAUAUUGAAAAAUAUCAAACCCGGCAAGCACAGCUAUACUAAGGCCAAAGAGCAAAUAGCUCACAUUUACCUGGAAAAACUGAGAAACAAGAAACUCUACAUAGCAUGUUACAGGGAAAUAUGUGAACAGCUACCAGGACCUCACUCUUAUGUGCUGCUAGCUGAUGCUUUCAUGAAGAUCCAAGAGCCAGAGAAAGCUAUUGAGGUGUAUCAGGAAGCAGUACAAAUGGCACCUAAAGAUGCUAUGUUUGCAAAGAAAAUAGGCCAAGCCUUGGUGAAGACACACCAGUAUGACAAGGCUGUUAACUACUACGAGACUGUCCUCAGCACUAGCCCGCAAUACUGUGUGUGUCUAGAGCUGACUGCGCUUCUGCUUAAACUCAAACACUUUGAAAGAGCUCAGCAGAUCCUGGAAAGGGCAUUGGACCAUAAAGACUGCAUGGAACAGACCACGAUGAUGAAUGAUGUGAAGCUUUUAAGAGUGCUAGUAAAAGUGUUCAGUGCCAGAAAUGAACUCUGUUUAGACAAGUUACAACAGAUCUAUGAUCUCCAGCAGAAAAUUCUGAGACAACUGCCUUUUGAGCAGCCAAAAAGCAGAGAUGAACAGAGGAGAGUAACAGCAGCUGUUUGCUGUGAUCAGGCUCAAGAGUACUGCAGAAGUGGGGAUCUUGAGAGGGCCCAGCAGUGCUACUCUGAGGCUCUGACCUACUGCCCAGAAGACACAGAGAUUCACUUCAAAAUUGCUAAGCUGUACUAUGAGCACCACAAACUGGAUUUUUGUGAAGAUCACUGUCUUAAGAUCCUGAAGCACGACAAAAAUCAUACUGCCACCACUAUGCUGUUGGCUGAUGUGCGAUUUCGGAAAAACCAAAAAGAAGCAGCUAUCAAGCUAUACACAGAUAUCAUACACCAACACCCAGACAACUUCCGUGCACUAGCCAGCCUGCUGCAUAUGCUGCGUAGGGUAGGGAGACUGGAUGAUGUGCUCCUCUUCUUUAAAACAUGUGAAUCCUACUCUCCAACUACAGUAACAGAACCAGGUUACAACUACUGCAAAGGCCUCUACUACUGGCACACAUAUUAUGUGAGGGAGGCACUGCUAUACCUUAGCAAGGCCAGAAGGGACUCGGAGUGGGCGGAAGAGGCUCUGGAACUGAUGAUGCACAUUUGUCUUAACCCAGACAAAAAAACGUUUGGUGGAGAGGUGUUUGGGGGCUCAGAGGAGGGCCCCAGCUUGCCCCUGAUCUUUGAUAGGUUAAUGGGCAUGAACAUAGCGCAGAACCUGCUGAAGGAGUUCCCCCUCCACUCCAGAACUGGCCAAGAUAAAGCCACCCUCCUUUAUAACCUCUGUGUGGUCCACAGCAAGGAUCUGAAACAGGUGGAAAAAGCUGUGCUUGUCCUGUCCGACAUGAUGGCAAGGAAUGUGAUGCUAGAGGCAUCAUUGUUGGUGGCAGCCCAGGCUCUCCUGCAGCUCAAACAGUUUCCCAGAGCCCGGCAUUUCCUGAAGAGGAUCAGCAAAGCACACUGGACCCCUGCCAUUGCUGAGGACUUUGAAAAAAGCUGCCUGCUCCUCGCUGACAUGUACAUCAAAAUGGGAAAAUACACAAAUGCAGAGAAGCUUCUGGAUGACUGUAUCAGACACAACAAGUCAUGCAGCAGAGCGUAUGAGUAUAUGGGCUAUAUUAUGGAGUGUGACCAGAGGUACAAGGAUGCUGCUAAACAAUAUGAACUAGCCUGGAAAUACAGCUACUGCAUAGACCCUGCUAUUGGAUACCGACUUGCAUUUAAUUACCUGAAAUGCAAGAAUUACACACAGGCUAUUGAUAUCUGUCAUCAGGUUUUGCAGGAACAUCCUGAUUACCCUCAGAUCCAAGCUGAAAUUCUGAACCGGGCCCAAUUCUCUCUGAGACCUUAAGCAUAAAGACUUUAAUACUUCACAUGCCACUAGUUACCCAUAAACUUUUUUUU